GGGAAAAAUGAUUGAAAUUAAUGCGAGAGAAAACAAGUAAUCAGAUUUAGGAAGUGUACACUUUCAGUGAAAAUGGAGUAUUAGACCCAUUAGAUGAUAUUUCCAUAUCAGAAAACAAUGUUGCUAAAAACGGUUCUGGAAGCAAAAGAAUAAGCACAAAUGAAGGAAGUUCUACACUAUGACCCAACUCUGAUUUUUCGCUCUGUUAAGGAAAUCCUUAAAAACUAUGCUCAAGGUCCGGCCCUUAUACAGGAUAUCGAAAAAGGCAGCUUUUCAGAAUUGAAAAAGCGAACUUUUAUACGAAUACUUGUUGCAGAAUUGAUAAAAUUCUAUGAUAAUAAUUAUUCUCCUCCCGAUGAAGCAAAAUGUUCGUUAGCCAUGGCAAUCAUUCACGACUUCCCAAAUUUAAAAAGUGACCUGGGAGAAUAUGGAUGUGUCAGAUUUUCUUUCUAUUAUAUACGCUCCAAACUGUAG